AUGUAUCACAGUACUGUUAAAUCCAGAAUGCUGACCAUCAAGAGCAAUCCUCAUCGCAGUACUUUUAUACAUCACCGUGACAUUGCUUUAUUUACUACUGUAUGUGCCAAUGACCAUUGGAAAAGCCAUACGCUUGAUAAUUUGGGGGUGUUAUGGACGAUCAUCAUAUGUGCACGAAUGGUCAGAAGUUGUAUUAAGACUCUCCUGCGCCGAACGAGAAGACUGCGCACUAGACAAGAACGAAUGGCAGCAAUAAUGGCAAUUGUUAUUAUUGUGAGAUGUCAAUAUGAUGUACAUAUUUGUCAGAACAACGUCAAUGUUUUGGAACAUCACUCCACGGUAUGUAAGGUGAUGGAAGGAAGAGUAGCAUGCAUAUUUGUUUCGGAAACGUUGAAAAUCAAUACGUUCAAGCAAGAAGCUUGUUUACGUAUAACAGCGAACAGCUCGCUGAUAGCGAACGCGAAAAUAAGGUGGUUUGGACUCUAUCUAGAAUGUGAACGUGAGACCUUAUACUUCACUCGGCCAACUGCCAACUGUGAAGAUACGGCAAUAUGA